AUGGUUGCUUUCGGCACUUGCGCGCUCUUAGCGCUGCAGCUUCUUAUCGCUUCUCCAUUCUCAACUGCUGCUCCGUUGGCGCAGUCUAACAACAAGAACAAGCCACCUCCAAGCUACAACACCACUCAGCCACCCACUGACCUCAACUCCACUGAUCCUUCCUACGGCACCUUCGCAGCCUCCAACUACUGGGUUGCGAACAUCAGGCGCCAGGGCAAGGCUGCCUUUCACGGCGAUGUCAAUUACAAAGUCUACCGCAACGUCAAGGACUAUGGCGCCAUUGGUGACGGAAACGCCGACGACACUGCGGCCAUCAACCGGGCUAUCUCUGACGGCAACCGCUGCGGUUUAGGCUGCGAUUCCAGCACUGACGACCCUGCUUUCGUCUACUUCCCGCCCGGCACGUACAAGGUCAGCAGGCCCAUCAUUCAGUACUACUACACUGGACUCAUCGGUGAUGCGCUCCAACUCCCGGUUCUCAAAGCCGCUCCCAACUUCGAGGGCAUGGCUGUCGUCGACGCCGAUCCUUACACGAACACCGGUGCCAACUGGUACACGAACCAGAACAACUUCUUCCGCCAGAUCCGCAACUUCGUCAUCGACACUACUGCUAUGCCUCAGGACCGUGGUGCUGGUAUCCACUGGCAAGUGGCGCAGGCUACCUCGCUCCAGAACAUCCGCUUCGAGAUGGUCCGAGGUGGCGGCGCCGCCAACAAGCAGCUCGGUAUCUUCAUGGACAACGGCUCCGGUGGGUUCAUGACAGACCUUACCUUCAACGGUGGCAACUACGGCGCCUUCCUCGGCAGCCAGCAGUUCACCACCCGUAACAUGGUCUUCAACGGUUGCAAUACUGCGAUCUUCAUGAACUGGAACUGGGCCUGGACUCUUAAGUCUAUCUCGAUCAACAACUGCAAGGUCGGCAUCGACAUGGCCAACGGCGGCUUCAACCAGACCGUCGGCUCUGUCCUCGUCCAGGACAGCAAGAUCAGCAACACCCCGAUCGGUAUCCUCACCAGCUUCAACGCCGGCAGCCUGCCAAACACUGGCGGUACCCUCAUCGUCGACAACGUCGAGUUCCAGAACUGCCCUGAUGCUAUCCGUCACCCCGAUGGCACACGAGUCUUGGCUGGCAACACCGUCGUGCAGGCUUGGGGCCAGGGUCGCCGAUACGUGGGAGCCGGCGGCGAGCGCAUCCAGCGCGCCAUCACUCCACCAGUCAAGCCUGCCGCGCUCAUGGGAGCCGGCGGCAAGAUCUUCGAGCGAAGCAAGCCCCAGUAUGAGAACGUUCCUGUCGCCAACUUUGUCAGCAUCAAGGACAAGGGCGCCAGGGGUGACGGUAACACCGACGACACCGACGCCAUCCAGAGGGCCAUGAACGGGCUUGGACCUGAUCAGAUUCUCUACUUCGACCACGGUGCCUAUGUCAUCACAAGGACCAUUGUUCUGCCCCCCAGGAUUAAGAUCACCGGCGAGUUCUGGCCGCUCAUCAUGGCCAGCGGCCCAUUCUUCGCUGACCAGAACGCGCUCAAGCCCGUCUGGCAGGUUGGCAAAGCCGGCGAACAGGGUGCUGUUGAGAUCAGCGAUCUCAUCUUCCAGACCAAGGGCCCAGCACCCGGCGCGAUCCUCAUGCAAUGGAACCUCGCUGGUGCCGCCGGCGCCAACGGCCUCUGGGACGUCCACUUCCGCGUAGCAGGCACAGCCGGCACGCAGCUCCAAGCCGACAAGUGCACGAAGAACCCAGGUGCGCCGCACGGCGCCAACCCGGCCUGCAUGGGCGCCGGCAUGCUCUUCCACAUUGCUCGCACCGGCUCCGUCUACGUGGAGAACUGCUGGUUCUGGGUGGCGGACCACGAGCUCGACCAGGCGCCAUACAACCAGAUCGACAUCUACAACGGCCGCGGCGUGCUCAUCGAGUCCCAGGGCCCCGUCUGGAUGUACGGCACCGCGUCCGAACACAACGUGCUCUACAACUAUCAGCUCAACAACGCCAAGAACGUCUACAUGGCGCUCAUCCAGACCGAGACGCCGUACUACCAGGGCAACCCUGACGCGACUACGCCGUACACUCCCCAGACCGCCAUCAAGGACCCGGACUUCCGCGCCGUCAACGGUGCUGGUGUGAAGAAGGCCUGGGGUCUCCGUGUCAUCGACUCGAGCGACUUCUUGCUCUAUGGCGGCGGCUUGUACAGCUUCUUCGAGAACUACAACCAGGACUGCUUGAGGACUGAGAGCUGCCAGGCCAACAUGGUCUCCAUCGAGGGCUCGGCUAACAACGUCCACCUCUUCGGCCUCAGCACCAAGGCGUCUGUCAACAUGGUGACGAGGAACGGUGUCGGACAGGUCUUCGAUCGCGACAACAGGAGCAACUUCUGCGGUACGAUCAUGAGGUGGUUGCAGUGA